CUUGGCAAGUGCCCUACAAAUCACAGUGUGAAUUUUCAGAAAGCAACUCCUACUUUAACUGUGUCAUGUUUAUUGAGGAUCUCAGUUUGCGUCAUUUGGAGGACCUGCACCCACCCAACACAAAAGACAGUGCUGUCUCCAAGAUAACAAACUGUAAUAAAUCCAUGGCAAGCAAGGUUGGUCGUCAGUUUGAGAUGAAGGAGAAGGGGGUUUCGAAUUUGGUGGGGAAAGUGGUGGUGGUCACCGUUAAAGCAUCCAAGGAAAUUCCAAGGACUGCUCUUAUCUGGGAUUUGACUCAUGUUGUUCAGCCUGGGGAUUGCAUUAAGCUACUUGUGGUCAUUCCUCCCUACUCCUCAAGUAAAUGGAUAUGGGGUUUGUCAAGGUUUACCAGUGAUUGCACCACUGGUCAUUGGAGGUAUUUUCCAGGAGCUAGUUCAGAUCAAAAAGAUUAUAUAGCAGAUUCAUGCUCCCAAAUGAUGCUUCAGUUGAAUGAUGUUUAUGAUCCAGGGAAGGUUAAGAUCAGGGUAAGGAUUGUUUCUAGCUCAACAUGUGGAGUAGUGGCUGCUGAAGCCAAGAAAGCUCAAUCAAACUGGGUUAUAUUGGACAACUCAGAUCCAAGGGCUUCACCUUCUCUCCUUGCUGGGAUAUAUGAAGGCUUGAAGAAGGAGCAUACCUUCACCUCUAAAGAAAAUCAAAGUCUAUUUGAAUCUGAUUCUGACAGUUCUAGUGAAAGACUAAGUCGUUUCACAGGAUCAUUUUUCCAUCCAUGGAUGGUUGACAGUCUCAGUCCUAGCAGUUAUUCAAAACAUCUUAGGGAGGGUUUAGACUUUAGAGAGUCCAGGCCCCUGUAUUUGGGAAUCCUCCUAGGUGGUGGUUCUCUUAUGCAGAAUUGGAACUUGCAACUGAUGGAUUUUCACAAACAAAUUUCUUGGCUGAAAGGUGGCUUUGGUUCUGUUCAUAAAGCAAUCUUGUCAGAUGGCCAGGCCAUUGCCGUCAAGCAACAUAAAUUGGCUAGUUAUCAAGGGAAUCAAGAGUUUUGCUAUGAAGUUGAGGUUUUAAGCGGUGCACAACAUCGCAAUGUUGUGAUGCUCGUUGGAUUUUGUAUUGAUGAUGGAAAAGAUUGCUAGUUUAUGAAUACAUUUGUAAUGGAUCUUUGGAUUCUCAUCUUUAUGGACAAAAACAUAAGCUAUUGGAAUGGUCUGCCACACAAAAAAUUGCUGUUGGAGCAGCUCGAGGUUUGAGAUACCUUCAUGAAGCAUGCAGAGUCGGCUGUAUUGUCCACUGUGAUCUGCGGCCUAACAAUAUCCUCAUCACCCAUGAUUUUGAACCUCUUGUAUAUCAAUUUAUAAUCUCUCUGAACAAAGUUUCAAAUGUUUU